GUUUCAAUGUCACAGCGAUUUUUGUUUCCUUCGGACAGAGUGAAGGUUACCUGCUUCAACAGUGCUUGAACGGCAACCGAGCUUCUGUCUCUUAACACUCUUUACUCAACCCUCUCUAUUAAUUCUGGUUACUUCUCGGAGUGAGCUCUUUAGCUGCAAAAAAACCUGAGGCCACGUAGCUGUUUUCCUCUGGUAAAAAACAUCGCAACUAGCUAAGUAGCUAAACACUCCGCUUCGAAAUCUUCGUUUAAUCUUCAGAAAACAAUCCAGUAACUAAGAAUCAUGAGCUCUCAAGUGAGACAGAAUUUCCAUCAGGACUGCGAGGCUGCCAUCAACCGGCAGAUCAACCUGGAGCUGUAUGCCUCCUACGUCUACCUGUCUAUGGCAUACUACUUUGACCGGGAUGACCAGGCUCUCCACAACUUUGCCAAGUUUUUCCGCAAGCAGUCUCAUGAGGAGCGAGAGCAUGCUGAGAAACUAAUGAAACUUCAGAACCAGAGGGGAGGAAGGAUCUUCCUGCAGGACAUCAGGAAACCUGAGCGUGACGAGUGGGGCAGUGGAGUGGAGGCACUGGAGUGUGCCCUGCAGCUGGAGAAGAGCGUCAACCAAUCUCUGCUAGACCUCCACAAGGUCUCCUCUGAGCGCAACGACCCUCAUAUGUGUGACUUCAUUGAGACGCACUACCUGGACGAACAGGUGAAGUCCAUCAAGGAGCUGGCCGACUGGGUGUCCAACCUGCGCCGCAUGGGCGCUCCUCAGAACGGCAUGGCCGAGUACUUGUUCGAUAAGCACACACUGGGCCACGAGAGCAGCUAAAGCCCCCUUAGCCGCUUGCCUACUUUAUCAAUCUCUAUUCCGUCCUGCAUCUCUUGUCUGGCUGGUCCACUCAUUCUCGUCAGACAGCUGUACUCGUUAAGCACUCUUGCUCAUUCUUCUAUACCUGCUGUAAUACUACACUUCCCGAAAGCUGUUGCUUGCUAGUCUUUUUGGCUCGUGCCAGUGUGUGUGUGUGUGGUAUCUUUUAUUACUGAAGCUAUAUUACAACCAAAUAAAACAAACCUCUGGAUUCUGAAA